CAAAAUCCAAAUCAACUCCCCGCAGACGCCCCCAAACACCACCAAAGACCACCGCCGCUGCCUGCGCACCACCCAGGCCUCAGCUCGAGCCCAACGACCGGCGCCUAGACGCGGCUGGGCGGUCGGCCUCACCUCACGUCCACCGCGCCUCCCUCUCCGCGUCUCGAUCUCGCCUCCCGCGCCUCCUCUCGCGACCCGGCCAGAUCUCGCCCUCCCGGCGCGGCGGCCAUGGAGAACCUGAUCUCCCUCGUCAACAAGCUGCAGCAGGCCUGCACGGCCCUCGGCGACCACGGCGAGGAGAGCGCCCUCCCAACGCUCUGGGACUCGCUGCCGUCCAUCGCCGUCGUUGGAGGCCAGAGUUCUGGCAAAUCUUCGGUGUUGGAGAGCGUGGUUGGGAAGGAUUUCCUACCGAGGGGCUCAGGCAUUGUCACCCGGCGUCCGCUGGUGCUGCAGCUCCACAGAAUUGAUGGAGACAGGGAAUAUGCUGAGUUUAUGCACCAACCCAGGAAGAGAUAUACAGAUUUUGCUGCUGUGAGGAAGGAGAUAGCUGAUGAAACUGACAGAGAAACUGGUCGUUCAAAGCAAAUAUCACCUGUUCCUAUCCAUUUAAGCAUCUAUUCUCCAAAUGUUGUGAAUCUGACUCUUAUUGAUCUUCCUGGGCUUACUAAAGUAGCUGUUGAGGGUCAACCAGACAGUAUUGUUCAGGACAUUGAGAACAUGGUUCGAUCAUACAUUGAAAAGCCGAAUUGUAUCAUUCUGGCCGUUUCCCCAGCUAAUCAGGAUCUUGCAACUUCUGAUGCAAUCAAGAUUUCACGAGAAGUUGAUCCCAAAGGUGAAAGAACCUUCGGUGUGCUCACGAAAAUUGAUCUGAUGGACAAGGGUACUGAUGCUGUUGAUAUACUGGAAGGAAGAGCUUACCGGCUCCAACAUCCAUGGGUUGGUGUUGUUAAUCGAUCCCAGCAAGAUAUCAACAAAAAUGUGGACAUGAUUGCUGCUAGGCGUAGAGAGCGUGAGUAUUUUUCCAGUACACCAGAAUAUAAGCACCUUGCCCCUAGGAUGGGUUCUGAAUAUUUGGCAAAGAUGCUCUCAAAGAAUUUGGAACAAGUGAUUAAAUCAAGGAUUCCGGGGCUCCAAUCUCUUAUAACAAAGACAAUUGCAGAGCUGGAGACUGAACUCAAUCGCCUUGGAAAGCCGAUUGCUAAUGAUGCUGGGGGCAAGUUGUACACAAUUAUGGAAAUAUGCCGUAUGUUUGACAGUAUUUACAAAGAGCAUCUGGAUGGAGUGCGCCCUGGGGGUGAGAAAGUUUACCAUGUCUUCGACAAUCAAUUUCCUGUAGCAAUUAAACGGUUGCAGUUCGAUAAACAACUCUCAAUGGAAAAUGUGAGAAAGCUUAUUACAGAAGCUGAUGGAUACCAGCCUCACUUGAUAGCUCCAGAGCAAGGAUAUCGACGCCUAAUAGAAUCUUGCCUUGUUAGUAUCAGAGGUCCUGCUGAGGCAGCUGUUGAUGCGGUCCAUGCUAUCCUGAAGGACCUUGUCCGCAAGGCUAUCAACGAAACACAUGAGCUGAAGCAGUUCCCCACUCUUCGUGUGGAAGUAGGCAAUGCAGCUUUUGAGUCAUUGGAUAGAAUGAGAGAUGAAAGCAAGAAGAAUACAUUAAAGCUGGUUGAUAUGGAAUGCAGCUACUUGACUGUGGAUUUCUUCAGGAAGCUUCCUCAGGAUGUUGAGAAGGGUGGAAAUCCAAGCCACUCUAUUUUUGACAGAUAUAAUGACUCUUAUCUUAGACGAAUUGGACAAACUGUUCUAUCGUAUGUCAAUAUGGUGUGCGCGACAUUGAGAAACUCCAUACCGAAAUCUAUUGUUUAUUGUCAAGUCCGUGAGGCAAAGCGCUCACUUCUCGACCACUUUUUCACUGAACUAGGAGCAAGAGAGAUGAAACAACUUUCCAAGCUUCUUGAUGAAGACCCUGCAGUCAUGGAACGAAGAACUAACCUCGCUAAAAGGCUGGAACUGUACCGGAGCGCCCAAUCAGAAAUCGAUGCUGUUGCAUGGUCCAAAUAGUCUUGCUGGCCAACUUACCCUGUUCUUGCAUGCUCUUUACUCCUUGUUUGGUGAUUCUCCCCUAUUCUGGGGGCAUAUAUAGCUGAUUUUUCCUGUUGUAGGUCAGGUCAUUUAUAGAUUACCGCAGCUGUACGGUGUCAUUUGGUUUGUGCUUUUGUUCCUUGUGCUUGAGGAUCUAGGGGACACCAGGCUGCUGUACUUUUGUAUCACGACAAGUUCAUAUGUUGUGCUUCUAUUGCCGUGUAUUCUUUUAUUCCAUCCA